AUGGAGGAGACACCACAGCAUUGCCUGUCCAGAUUGCCAGACAACUCUGCCCUGAAGCAGCAGGAGUUACCCGCCCACCGGCUGUAUUUCACGGCCAGGAGAGUCCUCUUUGUCUUUUUCACAACAGGAAUAUUCUGCCUUUGUAUGGGCAUCAUCCUUAUAUUGUCUGCAAGGAGCACUCAGGAAAUAGAGAUUAAUUACACAAGAAUAUGUGCAAAUUGUGCAAAACUGCGGGAAAAUGCCUCUAAUUUUGACAAAGAAUGCACCUGCUCUAUUCCCUUUUACCUUUCAGGAAAAAUGAUGGGUAAUGUUUAUAUGUACUACAAAUUGUAUGGCUUCUAUCAGAACCUGUAUCGAUAUGUUCGAUCCAGAAGUAAUAGACAACUGGUGGGCAAAGAUGUAAAAGCUGUUGAGGACUGUGCCCCAUUUAAAAUGUCCGACAAUAAGACCCCCAUCGUUCCUUGUGGUGCUAUUGCCAACAGCAUGUUCAAUGACACCAUAAUUCUUUCACACAACAUUAAUUCAUCUGUACAAAUCAAAGUGCCGAUGCUAAAGAGUGGACUUACGUGGUGGACAGAUAAGUAUGUCAAAUUUCAGAAUCCAAGUUCCAAGAAUCUUGCUGAUGAAUUUAGAGGAACCACAAAGCCUCCAAACUGGCCCAAGCCUAUCUAUGACUUGGAUAAAAAGGAUCCAAGAAACAACGGCUUCCUCAAUGAUGACUUCAUUGUGUGGAUGCGGGCAGCUGCCUUUCCCACUUUCAAAAAACUGUAUGGUCGACUCAAUCGAACACACCAUUUUAUAGAAGGCUUGCCUGCUGGUAAUUACAGUUUCAACAUAACCUAUAACUUCCCAGUGACCAGGUUCCAAGGAGAAAAAUCAGUUGUUCUCUCCACCCUGACAUGGUGUGGGGGUAAUAGCCUUUUCUUAGGUCUUGCCUACACAGUGACAGGAGCUAUAACAUGGUUGGUCUCCUUUGCCAUGAUGGCAAUUCACAUCACACUGAAAAACAAGCAAAUGUCCUUCUUCCAUCAGUAA